GUCCUCGAUGCCUCAACACUCAGCUUUGGUACCCGACUCAGAUGGUUUACCAUAUGUUUUGUUGCUGGCAUUGUGUGUUCUAUUCUUGGAACAGCAUUGCUAUGGCUCCCAAAGGGGAUCAAACUUUUUGCAGUGUUUUACACCCUGGGAAAUAUUGCUGCAUUAGCCAGUACCUGUUUCCUGAUGGGGCCACUGAAGCAAUUGAAAGCAAUGUUUGAGCCAAAAAGAUUAAUAGCCACAGUUGUGAUGUUGCUUUUCCUAGUAUUGACUCUGUGUGCUGUAUUCUGGUGGAACAAAAAGGGUUUGGCGGUGUUAUUCUGCAUAUUGCAGUUCUUGGCAAUGACCUGGUAUAGUCUGUCAUAUAUUCCUUUUGCAAGGGAUGCUGUGAUUAAAUGCUUUUCAUCCUGUCUAGGGUAAAUUAAACACAGGAACCACUGUAUGCUUUACAAGCCAACUUUUAUUCCUCUGUGAAGUUUGCUCAGAAAACUGUACUUUUCCACUCAUGAAAUACCCAGAAACAACUUAGUAUUUCCCUUGCUUUUUGCAUUUGGGGGAUUAAAUAAUUUUUACUAGAAACAGUUUUAAAAAUAAAUUGGGUAAGCUGUUUGUGUUCACCCUCGAACUUUUAGGCUCUUUUUUUAACAAAAAAGUACAUUUAAGUACUUUGUGCAGAGUAGUCUUAAAACUACCUUGCAUCCAGCAACAGUUUAUUCCCCAAUGGAAGCAAGCCACUAAGAUCUGGGUAGUAUGCAUAAAGAUUUCAUUUACAGUUCUCUCUAAAAUUUGCAAUGUGCCGUUUAUGUUUGUAUAUUAUUCAUUGUAUGCUUUUCCAAAGAAAGAGUUUUAUAAACAUUGUAAAGAUUUGAUAAGUUAUAAUUAACUUUUCCUUUGAAAUUUCUAUACUUGUGCCUUAUGGAAAAAACUUGAUAAGAAUAUGUGAAAGGUCUGUUGAAAGCUUGUUGGAUUUUAUUAAAAAGAUGUAUUUUAAAUGAUAAUUUUUUUAAUUUUCAUACUUAAAUACUUUUUUAGUAAAAGAACUUAUGGCUAAUGUAUAAAUCAGAUUGUGAAAUAAAUUAGUUUUAAAGGUG